UGGAAGCACUUUGGUGGGAGUCAGUUGUCGGCAACUGAAACUGAAGCGCAAUAGAAGUUGAUGGCGUUUGGUGAGACCAACUUAUACCCGUGAAGUUCUUCCUCGGACCAGCGUCUGGAUGCCAAAAGGGACGAAACGCUUUCAUGAUCUUCCCUGGCCUAUCUGUGAGCAAAAGAAGAUCGUCCAAGGAAAUGACCUAAAUUCUGAUGCACUAGUUCGCGGCCUAGCAUGUCCGUGCCUUCGAUGGUACACCGAUCAGGAGACACACUAAUAGUGCGCAGCGUUGUCAGCGGUAACGAACUCUACGCCGGUAACUCAGAAAAGGUCAAAUCCCCGCCCCAGUUCAGCGAAAAAGAACUGCCCGACCUGCCGGAUUGCAAGGUGAAGAGGAACUACUCCUGCUCGUCCUGCGAUUACUUCACGCAGAACCCCAGGCAUUACCUGUACCAUUUGCGCGAUGUGCACAACGAAAAAGUAAGGAUUUACGAGUGCCCGAACUGUCUUUACGCGUCCAAGCACUUCCAGAAGCUACUGCGACAUUCGAGGAUGGUGCACGGCAGCAGCAAGGCUUCGGAGAUCGAAACCAAGGCUAAAAAGCCGCCCCAGCUUCCAGUGACGGCGGAAGAAGACGAUACCAGCGAGAUCAGCGAUAAUGAAGACGCGGAACAGGCGAAACCGACGAUCUUCAAGUGUUCCGUCUGCUCCCACACGGCCAAGAGUCGUGUGCUGCUCACCAAGCACGAGAAAGAGGAGCACAUAAAGACCAAGUUCUUCAGGUGCACGAAAUGCACGUACGUGACGCACAUGAAGGCGCGUUUCACGAAGCACGUCAAGUAUCACUCGAUGCCGAUGAUUAAGUGCGACACCUGUGACUUUCGCACCCCCUACAAGUGGAACCUGGACAGGCACUGCAAGAAUCACAACGGAAAGGGGACUUUCCGAUGUUCCGCUUGUAAUUUCACCGCGGAUAUCAAGCAGAGUUUGACCGUUCACGAGAUGAAUCACCACGUGCCCCCUGUUGGCCAGGCCGCGGGUUUCGGCAUAGGCAGACGGAGAAAUAAGGUUGGUGCCAGUGAUACGGCCGCCGCCGAAGAAGCUGCCCUGAUGGGACAGAACUCCACAUCGCAGGUGACUCAAAACGAAACGUCGACGCCGAGCGACGAGGACAAAUCCAAGCCGAAAAACAAGACGAAAGUCACUUGCGUCAAGAAGCCUAAGACAUCCAAGAACCUGUCGGAUUUUAACCAGGCCCCGAGUCCUUUCGGUUCAGACUUCAUCAAUCCGGAUGACAUAAUACAUCAUGCGAAUGGUAAUGUUUACUUCAAGAAUAAGUGUAAACUGUGCAAUUUCAAAUCGGCGUGGGACAGCGAAAUGACCAAGCAUGAGGCGAAGGUGCACAACAUAAUCAAAGAACCACCGGUUAAAGUGAAGAAAGCGCAGCGUCCGGUGCCCAACCUCAUACCCAUAAACAUGCACAAGAUCCAAAGGCAGAGUCCUCCGAACAAUCCGGAACCGGUGAUGAGCCAGAAGGACUUCAACGAAAUUUGCGCCAAAUCGACCAACAGUGCCCUUAAGGACUUCGCGUCUCUGAUGGACGGCGAGAAUAUUUUCAACUUCAAGAGUUACCAAUCUUCGCCUACCUCAUCCAGAGUACCGGACCUGAUACCGGCCUCAUCCCUGUUAACAUCGACGCCGAAGAACGCGUCCACGAACAGUUUCAAACGGAAAAACGCGUCGUUCUUCGACCAGCUGAAAGAGAAGCUGAUGACGGGUUGCAGUGACGUUAAUUUGACUUGUAAAUAUUGCGGACACCAGAGCAAGUGUUUGUCGGAGCAAGUGAAACAUCAGAAAUCGUGUGGGACUGAAACGAACCAGGUUAUUAGUCGUAUGAACGUUUUCACCAGCUCGUCCAGAUGUCAAUACUGUAGGCAGAGAUGCAAAUCGAGCGUCGAUCUCUAUAAUCAUCUCCAGACCUGCCUGGAGGCCCAGAAGACGUUGAAUAAAUUGGCCCAACAGGAUGGCGACGAUUACAGCGAAGAGUUCGAGGUUAAAGUUGAGCCGAGCGAUUUCAAAAUCAAGGAAGAUACUAAUGAGACAGAUGAUUACGAAACCAAGGGGCAUCCGAUGGAGAAUCGGGUGUUCGUUUGGAAUAACAUCGAGGUUCCGAUGGAUAUAGAUGUCGAUGACUCGAUUUACGAAUACACAGACGACAGGGGAAGUGAUAAUAUGUAUAUACACGAGGAUAAAGUCGAGGACAAUAUGUCCCUGGACCUUUCGAUAAGAACACAUUCCCCGGUUACCAGUGAAAGUAGUUACGUUGAAACUGAAACAGUGGCAAUUCAUCAGCAACCUUCCCAUUCAGUUUCUACCUCCGUUCCAGAAAAAAUACCCACACACGGUACAGAUAUAAGUGUCGCCCAACACAAGCGGGUCUUCCAGUGUCCUCAUUGUACCUUCUGGGCUUCCACAGCCUCUAGAUUCCACGUUCACAUCGUUGGACACUUGAACAAGAAACCCUUCGAGUGUUCUUUGUGUUCCUAUCGGUCCAACUGGCGAUGGGACAUAACCAAACACAUAAAAUUAAAAUCGGUAAGGGACCCAGCCCACGAAUCCGCCAAAGUAUUGAUGACAGAUGAGACUGGCAGAAGAAACUACACCAAAUACAACAAAUACCUCACGGAAAUACACGUGAGCGUGGAUCAAUCCUUGGACACCAGCGGUGGUUCGGGUACCAGGCCCAAAGGACAAGGCGUACCGAGAAAUGAGACCCCUAAACCCACGAAAACAUCCCCCAUAACGGCGGACUUCAACAGCGUCAUUCAGAACGCGGCGCUCAAGACGUCCCCCAAAAUGUCCAACGGUAACAUGUACGUCAAGUCGCCCGAGAAGAGGAAAUCCAGUAACGAGAACAAGAGGACGCUGUUCAAGUGUAAAAAAUGCAAUUUCAGAGAUGCAUCUCGAGACGUUUUGCUGCAGCAUGUGAAAGGACACUACACGUCUACCAGUUCUGGUAAUAGCAGUCUAGAAAUAGGCUUGGGAAGGUCGGAAAUUGGUAAAGAUGAGGCAAGUGUCACUCAUACUAACAUGGUUAAAGGUACCACAGCAACUUUUCGUUGUUGGCAUUGCAACCAGGUAUCAAAUUGGAAGCAUGUCAUUCAGCGUCAUUGCAGACUCAAACACGGAGGUGACAUCCGCGUGGUAAGCAGCAAAAACGGCGAAGAACGACUCGUGAUAGAAGAACAGACGGACGAACCAGACCACAUCGACGUUGUCCAAACCGGCACCUUCAAAUGCAAAUCCUGCCCCUUCUCCAACGACAACCACGCAGAAUUCGAAGAACACCUCAAGGGUCACAUUUCCGAACCGGACACUGUCAAAUGCCACUAUUGCAACUACUACGCUGCCAAAAAGGAGGACCUGGUCGGGCAUCUUUCCCUCCACGGAGUCUCAGAUCCCGAGGAUUUCCUCCAGAGAUUGACCGAUCACGAUGACGUGGGCAAGAAAUUCAGAUGCGUUAUCUGUCCCUACGUCACCAACUCCAAGUCUCAGUACACCUACCAUAAGCAGUUCCAUAAGCCGAGAGGUGGCCAGUAUGCCUGCACUCAAUGUUCUUACAACGUCAGUAAGCGCCACCUGCUCCAUCAGCAUCUCAAAGUGCACGGGAUAAACGUGACUCAGCACAGACAAAACGGCGAAGCUAUCGACAUGGAAGAGGUUUCCGAAGAAAUUGAAGAAGUGCCUUCUAGUUACUCCCCAAUGGAUUUGCAAAGUUUCCCAGAUAUACCCCUGGUGUGGGUAUCGAAAAACGGGAAAUUCACGAAGAUGUUCAAAUGUCGCUAUUGUCCACACGUCAAUUUAAGAAAAGUCAAUAUCCAAGAGCACGAAAAAAUGCAUAGUGUGCGAGAAAAGAACCCAAAUUCGAAGGGUAACACCGAAGUUGAGCACCACUGCAACGAAUGCAAUUACGUAUGCAACAACGCUGGUGUCUUGUCUUCUCAUUCUAAGGUACAUCAGGGUCUUUCUGGAACGGUCCACUGCCUGGUCGAUCCCUCCAAAACUGACGAGGAGCAAAUAAGCGAACUAAGUCGUAUUUUCAAUAAUCCCAAUUUCGAAAUCGCAAACAUAGAAGACUUCGACGGAACUGAUGUUAAUUUAUCAAUUGAUGAACCUUCGGAUUCGAGUGAAACAAACCCAAUACUUCAUUUCUGUUCCGAGUGUCCUGCAAGAUUCCUUAAAGAGAAUGAGUACCGGAUACACACCAGCUUUCAUGGCGUCAGAUUGUUUUACAAAUGCGAAUAUUGUUCGUACACGUCGAGACAAAAACCUCAUCUGCUUGCACACAAUCUUAUACAUUCAACAGAAUACCAGGAGAGGACUAAAGUACUUCAGGAGCUUCACCCAACCAGUGCCAAACACAAACAGCCCCAAAUUUUCCAAGUUACCCCGAACAGAAGCGAACCAGUCUGGGUAGUUUUCAAUAAAACCAAUAAAACGGAUGAUUCGAAACCGACAACAAUCACCAGCAGCAAACCAAGAAGUGUCAAUGUUCCUCUAUCUGGGACUGAUUUAUUCCAGCAGAAAUUCGAAGCCGAGCAGAAACACACAACCGCCGAAGUUUCCGUUAAGUGUGAAGAACCUCCGCAACCUGUCCAAAAAUUUGACCCUCAGUUCGGGAUUCUGAUGCAUGGUAACCCAAAUUUCAUCUACCCAACGACAGUGAAGAAUGGUAAAAUGAAGGAAAAAAGAUACAAGUGCCCAACCUGUCCAAGCGCAUUCGAAAAACGUGAACAAUAUAAGAUUCACUUGAGCCUGCACGGAUCUAAGCAGCGUUACAAGUGCGACACUUGCGAUUAUUCAGUCAAAUAUUAUGCGAAUUACGUGCAGCACAAGAAAAAGCAUACCUUAAAUGAGAAAGCUCAAGCUGACAAGAAUGCUAGCGAUCAGACGGACGAGAAUGAGGAAGAAAUAGAAGAAUCAGAUAUGCCUUAUUAUGAAGAACUUGACAAUAUUGAAGCCCUUAAUGAAACUAUAGAACCAAUAGAAAACCAGUCAUGCAGUACUAUAAAGGAGAAUAUAGAUGAAGAAAAGCGAACAUUUUACUGUCACCUCUGCCCUUACGCCGACACAAAAGAUGCUGUUGAUAAUCACUUGAAACGGCAUAUAAGCCUUUCUGGAAUAGUGAACAAUCAUACAUGUGAAAUAUGUGAUUAUUCGGUCCCUCAGAUCAAUUUUCUGAAGGAUCACCUUAAACUCCACACUGUACCUGUUAAAGCCGAAGAAAAUCUUACAGAUUCUAAAGAAACGCAGUCUAUUGAUCCCAAUGGUGAAGCUAGUGAUAUACCUGAAAGAUUUAAUAAUAAUGAGGGUGAAAAGGAGUACCUUAAUUCUGAAGAUGAUAAGGAUAAUAUAUUUUGUAAAGUUGAAACGGAAAAUUAGUCAAAGAUUCUAGUGAUAAAUAGAUGAAAUAGCUAUUACCUUAAUAAUUUAUUUGAAUAACUGAAAUUAAUGUAAAUUAUGAAUGUGUGAAACCAGUCGCCUUAGUCAUAGAGUAUUUUUACAGAGUAUUUUCACAUUUGAAGUGUAGGUAACAUUAACUUGUCAAUAAAUAAUUCAUAUUUGUAAAUAUUACAUAUUUUCUUGAAAUGUUUUAAGAGUUUUCUUGGGUUUAAAUUAUAAUGCCAAAGCAUUUAAUGCCAAAAUUUGCCAUAUUGUUGUUUGUAUAUUAUUGUUUACAGAGCAAAUUAUAUCAUUACUCAAUA